GUGCAGGCUCGCAGCAUGGCAGAUCACAGUGGGAAGGCAGAAGACGACCUGCCCGUGUAUCUGGCCCGACCCGCUUCUACAGAACAGUGCGCUCGACAAAAAUACGGCGGCUUGUUCUGGAGCGUGCGCGACGCUUUCGAGAGCAAGACAAUUGACUUCGAUGCCCUCAGUGUGGGUCAGAAGAGAGGCCCCCGGGCCUCCAGCAGCACACGUCCAACUAGUCCAGAUGAUGCGGGCUCUGGUUCUGAGGGGGUGAGAGCCAGCAAGGAGGCAGCAGCUAUUCAGAACCUGCAGGAUGAGAAGAGCGACCGGCUUCUUAUCAAAGGCGGCCGGAUUGUGAAUGAUGAUCAAUCCUUCCAUGCCGACAUCUACCUGGAGGAUGGCCUCAUCAAGCAGAUUGGGGACAACCUGAUCGUGCCCGGCGGGGUGAAGACCAUCGAAGCCAAUGGCAAGAUGCUGAUCCCCGGUGGCAUCGACAUUCACACCCACCUCCAGAUGCCGUACCGUGGGACCACCACUGUGGAUGACUUUGCUCAGGGGUCAAAGGCAGCUCUCGCCGGGGGCACGACCAUGAUCGUGGACCAUGUGAUUCCUGAGGCAGGUAGCAGCCUGAUGGAGGCCUACGACCAGUGGAGGCAGUGGGCUGACGAGAAGGCCUGCUGUGACUACUCUCUCCACGUGGACAUCACCCACUGGAACGACAGCGUCAAGCAGGAGGUGGACAACCUGAUGAAGGAAAAAGGAGUAAACUCCUUCCAGGUGUACAUGGCUUACAAAGACUACUACCAGAUGAACAACAGCGAGCUCUAUGAGGUGUUUACCUUCUUGGCGGAAAGGGGGGGCAUUGCUCAGGUCCAUGCGGAAAAUGGAGAGAUCAUUGCAGAGGAGCAGGCCCGUAUGCUGCAGAUGGGAAUCACUGGACCGGAGGGACACGUGCUAAGUCGACCAGAAGAGCUGGAGGCAGAGGCCGUGUUUCGGGCCAUCACCAUCGCCAGCCAAACCAACUGUCCCCUCUACGUGACCCGCGUCAUGAGCAAGAGCGCCGCCGACAUCAUCUCCCAGGCCCGGAAAAAAGGAAACGUCGUGUUCGGGGAGCCAAUCACGGCCAGCCUGGGGACGGACGGCACGCAUUACUGGAGCAAGAACUGGGUCAAGGCUGCUUCUUUUGUAACUUCACCACCUCUUAGUCCCGACCCGACCACUCCAGACUACCUGAACACGCUCCUGUCCAGUGGAGACCUGAGUGUGAGUGGCAGCGCUCACUGUACGUUCAGCGUGUCUCAGAAGGCCAUCGGCAAGGACGACUUCACUCAGAUCCCCGAGGGCGUCAACGGGGUGGAGGAAAGGAUGACCCUCAUCUGGGACAAAGCUGUGACUACAGGCAAGAUGGACGAGAACAUGUUUGUGGCGGUUACCAGCACCAACGCGGCUAAGAUCCUCAACCUGUACCCACGUAAGGGUCGGAUCGCCGUGGGCUCUGAUGCCGACCUGGUCAUCUGGGACACCGACGCCAUCCGAACCAUCACGGCAAAGAAACACAACUCGGCCGCCGAGUACAACAUCUUCGAGGGCAUGGACCUGCGUGGCGCCCCGCUGGUGGUCAUCUGUCAGGGAAAGAUCGUCCUGGAAGACGGCAACCUGCACGUGAUCUCGGGUGUUGGCCGCUUCAUCCCCUGCUCGCCGUUCCCCGACUACGCUUACAAGCGCGUCAAAGCCAGGAAGCAGCUGGCCGUUCUGAGGGCAGUGCCCAGGGGAAUGUAUGACGGCCCUGUGUCGGAAUUCUCCAUGUCUCGUGGCGGCACCCCGUCCGCCUCGGCGCGCACGUCGCCUACUAAGCAGCCCGUCAGGAACUUGCACCAGUCUGGAUUUAGUCUAGCAGGUAACCCUGCACCAUGCGGUCCCCCGACCCCUGAUGAGGUCCCCAUCAGGCCUGCCGGUCGUCGUAUUAUGGUGCCCCCCGGUGGCCGGUCCAACAUCACCUCCCUCAGUUAAACCGCUUUCCGCUGUCACAGGAGGAAUAACUGUGUGCCUCCAGAGCCAGAGUGCGUGUUAAUGUUUGUGUGAGUGAGGGUAGAGCUGAUUUGAACGCGACCAAGACUAAUUAAAAACAACAAAACCGCUGACUAAACUUGCCUUACCUGUCACUAUGCUAGACUUUGGUUUCUCAAAUGAAAAAAAAAAUGCAACCAAAGCACAACCAGUCUCAGUCUUUCUUCUCAACAGUUAAAUAUGCUAGAGAUUCUGUACUGGUGCUCUUGGUAGUUGGUUAAAUAAAUCUGUAUAAAAAGUAAGUAAACUACCUGGUCUUAAAUGACAUAUACAUUCAUCCUAAUCGGCUUUCUAUGUCAUUGUAGAGUUCAUGUAGCUUUGUGAAUGAUGUUGUUUAGCUUGUUUAUGGGGGCCAAAUAAUGAUAAAAACGGUACUUAGAGAAUCCGAGAGGCGAUUUUGAUCUGAAAGACAUGGAGCUGCAUGGGCCACACAGAUACUGGUGACGUGAUCCAUGAUUCUUUUCAACUCGUCUCCAUGGCAACCCCAUCCACAUGUCAUGUACUGAAUGAUGAGUAUUUGAAAAAAAAGUAGCAAAAGGAAAAUCAUGGUUAUUGUAAAAAAAAACGAAAAAAAACCCAAAAACAUUUCUUUGCACUUGUUAAUGUUUACUGGAGAUCAUCUCUAAAAUGAGUCAUGAAAAAAAUUCAAAGAUAUGUACACCUGACCCUUAUAAACAACAAAAGAAAGAAACGAUGCGUUAAGAAAACCUUCUCAAUCCUCUAGCUCUGAUUUCCUCGCAAACACAAAAGUCCUAAUGUGCAGCUAUCCCACCAGAACACUCAUGCAACCACUUUAACAUCAGCCAUAAUGGGUCCAAUAUUCUACCCAAUGUUGAAAGUAAAAAGUGUCCAUGUGAAGGAAGGAAGGAAGGAAGGAAGGAAGGAAGGAAGGAAGGAAGGAAGGAAGGAAGGAAGGAAGGGGGAGAAGAUGUUGUUUUUAUCUCACCAACUCCGAGGCACGAAUCUACAACAAAGUGCAUUAGGGUCACACUGAAAUCAAAAUCAAAAAAUAUUUGUCAUGUUGUGAAAAUAAAGUUGGAAUUUUAGGACAGAAAAAUGUAUUACGAGGCAAAGUCUGUGCAUGAAAAAAAUUGUAAGGUGCAGAAACAAAGUUGUAACUUCAUGAUAAAUAAAGUAAUAAUGUUAUUUGAAUAAAGAAAACCCUGAAACUGAUUAAGACAACAAAGCUGUAUAUUAGUUUGAAAAAAGUCCGAAUUUUGUAAUCAUGUUACAUCAGCAAAUUGUUACAAGAAGAAAGUCUUAAUUUUGCUUAGAAUGAAGUCAUAAUGUUUUAAAACAUUCUGUUUUUUAAUAUUAUGAGAAGAAAUUUUCAUGACAGGAAAAGAGUGGUAAUGUUACCUCAAACACUACAAUGCAUGCAAAAGGCAAAUCUGCAUCCUUAACAAGUGUUACUUUUGCUAAAAAAAAGAAACAGCAGUAAUGUUAUGAGAGCAAAUUUUGAAUUGAAUUGAAUUUCUACAUGUGCAAGAAUGUGUCAUGUUCGACUUUGUGGUACACUAUCAACUAAAAUCUGCUUUUUCAUUGGGUUUGCUAUUUUUCUCGUAAUAAACGUUCUUUUCACUGUGGCCCUAAUACAACUUUGUAGGAACCAAGUUGUGUUGUUUUUUUGUUUUGUUUGUAUUUAUAUUAGUUUGUUAUAUGUUGUUUCUUUUAUACUGUUGUAUAAACCCCCCUGAAAAUGGCAGACUUGAAGAAAGGAGAUGUGUUGUGGUGGUCUGACUUGAUUCUGGAAUAAAAACAAGAGUCGCAGAUGAUUGA